AUGCGGGCCUAUUUCGUCCUACUGAUAGCUGCUACUGCCCUUCUGACCAAGGGAGAAGCAAAAUCGGGUUUCUCUCAUCUUGCCGUGGCGGACGUAAUGAAGUCGACUGGAGUCGUCGAAACAUACGAUAAUCGCCGCUCUCUUCGAGCUGCUGAACCAACUGAAGACGACAAUGGAGAAGAAAGAGCAGCAUGGUCGAAUAUCAAGGGAAUCCCUCGAAACAAGGCGGAAACGGUGGCUGAUUGGCUUACACCCCGACUUCAAAGUAGGAUGAACGUGCAGCAGUUCGCUAGAGAUGUGGAUAUUACUUCGAGACAAGCAGCAACGCAGCACGAGAACUGGAACGCUCUUGUCAAAUACCUGCGGAUGUAUCAUCUCGAAGUUAAGGGCGAAGCGAUGUCGAAGAAGAUGGCUGAGAGCAUUCUUCUGCACAACGUUCUUACUAAACGAACGGCUUUUAAAAGCCGUGGAUACGUUGGUACUUCGUCAAGCAUACGAUAUACUUAAUAAGUACCCA